AUGCCUGAAGUGACGUUUUUAGGGUACAAAGUUUCAGAAUCAGGUGUCUACCCUCCACAAGACCGAAUUUCUGCUCUUCAGGAGUACCAACUACCUAAGACAAUGCGGGGUCUUCGACGGUUCCUAGGUAUGAUCAAUAUCUAUCGUAGAUUCUUACCUAAAGCCGCAGAACUCCAAGCACCUUUACACUCUCUGCUUGGUGGUGCAAAUAGCAAGGGAUCACUCCUGUGCCUUGGACCCCAGAGACUGAGGAAGCGUUUCAAGCUUGCAAUCAUAGACCGUUACACUAGGUGGCCUGAGGUUCAUCCUUUAAAGGGGAUUACUGCAGAAGAAGUCGCUGAAGGUCUAGUCUCGUGCUGGUUUUCUCGUUAUGGUGCUCCUUCAAGAAUAACUACUGAUCAAGGCCGCCAAUUCGAAUCAUCCCUCUUCAAGUCCCUUGGAAGAACUUUCGGCUCUGAAAGAAUCAGGACUUGCAGUUACCAUCCCUGUGCAAAUGGAUUAGUGGAGAGAUUUCAUCGUCAUCUCAAAGCUUCACUGAUGUGUCAUCACGAUUCAUCCUGGCUGGAAGUUCUUCCGAUUGUCCUCCUAGGUAUAAGAAGUGCGUACCGCGAGGAUCUUCAAGCAUCAACGGCAGAAAUUGUUUUCGGGCAACAGUUGAGACUUCCAGGAGAAUUGUUUGAUCUCCCUGUUGACGGACCCAGGCAUGAAGAUCCUACUGAUUAUGUUGUACGACUCCGUCAACACAUGUCUUCAAUCAAACCUGUCCAAGCUUCACGCCACGUCAAACCCAAAACUUUUAUAUUUCAGGAUCUUAGAAAGUGCACCGAUGUUUUUCUAAGAGACGACUCUGUGAAACGUGCUCUACAACCUCCCUACAGCGGACCAUAUCCUGUAAUUUCUCGUGAUGAAAAAUCCUUAGUAAUAUCACAGAAUGGCAAACAAGUGCGAGUGAGCUUAGACAGGGUGAAGCCUGCAUAUGUGUUACCCGAAAAGUUUAAUCCUCCAACAAUCAAAGAGCCUCAAAAUAUACAACCUUCAAACACAUCCCUCAACCCUCCAUACCCAGCACCAUUCAGAAGGUAUACAACUCGGUAUGGACGAAAUGUUAAGCUCAAGCUUCCUGGACUUCCAGUCUCUGCGGGGGGCUGA